UAGGCUAUAUAUUUUUCCUUAAAUAGGUUAAAGUCAUAGAGAUUUUUUUUAUUUAUUAUUUAUUUUCAUUUUAUUUAUUUAUUUUUUGAUUUAUUUCUUUCUUUUUUUUUUUUUUUUUUUUUUGCGCGUGUGGGAACAGCAUUCCGCCCUGGAGCGGUGCGCAAUGCUUUCUCACGCCGACCUCCUGGAUGCUCGCCUCGGUGAGUUAUCGUCACCAAACUCCGGUCUCCAACUCUACUGGAUGAAGGACGCCGCGGCGGAGCUCCUGGGCCACAGGGAGGCUCUGAAGUGCAGGCUCGGGGGCGGCGGACCCGACCCGGGACACUCCGGGGAGCUCGGUCCGGACGGCGUGGAAGGAACCACGAUGCUCCCCGGUGACGACAUCAGCGGCGGCGGCGGCGGAGGCGGAGGCGGCGGCGGCUCCAAUCCGGUGCAGGUGAACAGCAAGGAGCAGGAGAAGCAGCAGCAGCAGCAGCAGCAGCAGCACAACAACAGCGGCGGAAACAACUCAAACCAGUCCGGAGGGCAGCAGAGCCAGAAGCAGAAGCGGCACCGGACCCGCUUCACCCCGGCGCAGCUCAACGAGCUGGAGCGCAGCUUCGCCAAGACGCACUACCCGGACAUCUUCAUGCGGGAGGAGCUGGCGCUGCGGAUCGGCCUGACGGAGUCCAGAGUUCAGGUCUGGUUCCAGAACAGACGCGCCAAGUGGAAGAAGCGCAAGAAGACCACCAACGUGUUCCGAGCGCCGGGAACGCUGCUGCCCACGCACCACGGCCUGCCCCAGUUCCCGUCGGCGGCGGCCGCGGCGGCGGCCAUGGGCGACAGCCUCUGCUCCUUCCACGCCAACGACACCCGCUGGGCCACGGCGGGGAUGCCCGGCGUAUCUCAGCUGCAGCUGCCGCCCGCCCUGGGCCGCCAGCAGGCCAUGGCGCAGUCCCUGUCUCAGUGCAGCCUCGGCGCGGGGCCGCCGCCCAACUCCAUGGGUCUGUCCAACAUGUCGUCCAACGGGUCCGGGCUGCAGUCGCACCUUUACCAGCCCACGUUCCCCGGGAUGGUCCCGGCGUCUCUCUCCGGCCCCACCAACGUGACCGGCUCGCCUCAGCUGUGUAGUUCCCCGGACAGUGACGUCUGGAGAGGGACGAGCAUCGCGUCGCUGCGCCGCAAAGCGCUGGAGCACACAGUCUCCAUGAGUUUCACUUAGUGCCGAAGAGAUUUCUGCAUUUAGAUCUCUUGCAUUCAAAAACGACAAAAAGAAAACAAAACAAAAACACAAAACCAGGAUACUUGUGAGUCUGCAGGCACCUGGCUCUUUUUUUUUUUUUUUUUUGUCCUCCCUCCGCAAAUACGAGAAGAGACUCCGUCGGGCCUGCUGGCCUCGUGUCCACCACAGGGCUGGUUCCGGUCAGAAGCUAUAAGUUAUUAUUUCGCAUGUGGCCUCUCUGUCUAUUUAUUUGUCUAUUUCAAUGAACUUAUCGGUUCCGUUCGGCAUUCAUUUGGCUCCGCGGCCGUUUCUGAGGACGCGCAUUCUGGAGACGCCGCAGGAGCACAACGAGGUUUGCAGACUUCACUUUUCCUCCUGCCGCCAAAAAAAAAAAAGGGGGGCCAAAGGGUUUCUCACACUGGAAGUGCCAAAGCAAAAAGAAAUGGAUAAUAAUAAUAAUAAUCAUAAUAAAAUAAUAUUAAUUAUAAAAUACAUCAAAAGUUUGCUUGGAGGUUUCAAAGACUGACAACUGAAAUUCAUCUUCUACCAGGAGAGAGAGAGAUGAUCUCAAUCUAACAGGAAUCAGGACAACCUGGAUGAUGACUUGACUGCAUGUGCUGUCAAAAGCAAAAUAUAGUGACGAUAACAAUAAUGAUGAGUAAAGAAAAUACAAGAAAAAAGAUAGUGGGGGAGGGGGGAAACCCAAAAGUGAGACAUGGAAGCUGACUUUACUAUAACCUGUUUCUAUAGGAUGUUUUUUGUGUAGCGGAAAGCGACUCUUGUUGCCAUUUGGUCGGUUUGUGAUGACCUUAUGUUCCCAGAACUCUGUCUGUGCUUAUGAUCAAAUAUGCCUUUCUUAAAUGUUGGAACCAUUUAUUUAUUUACUUCAGGUUUUUUGUUUUGUUUCACGGACAUGUUUAUAUCAAUUCAGUGUAAAAUGAGCCAAUAAAAACCAUUUUCAGUAAUGUCA